CCAAACACUUUAGACGCCAAAUCCAUCCCCAAUGCUCUUGCUGUUGGGCCGUAGUUACUCCCUGAGGCUGAAGCAAAGAGAAGGCACAGAUUUAACAGAAAAAGUGAAGUUAAACUCAGAUGGCUCCUUGAACAAGUGCAAGGCAAGAUUGGUAGUCAAGGGAUACUCACAACUUGCUGGUAUUGACUUUACAGAAACAUUUGCUCUUGUUGCCAGAUUUGAUACAAUCAAAUUGUUGUUUGCAAUGGCUGCUCAGAAAAGUUGGCUUAUUUACCAACUGGAUGUGAAGUCAACUUUCCUAAAUGGAGAGUUGAAAGAGGAGAUAUAUGUUGAGCAACCUGAUGGUUGUGAAGCUAUGGUGAGAAAUUUUAAAGCUGAUAUGACGAAGAUGUUUGAGAUGAAUGACCUGGGAAAAAUGUCAUAUUUCCUAGGAAUAGAGGUGCAGCAAUCUGGCCAAGGUGUAUUUAUUUGUCAAAGAAAAUAUGCCACACAAAUCUUGAACAGGUUUACAAUGUCAAACUGUAAAGCUGUCAACACACCAAUAGUUCCAGGAACAAAGUUCACAAGUGAAGAUGGAGCUGCAAAGAUUGAACCAGGUUUGGACAGAAGCAUGAUUGGGAGCUUGUUAUACUUGUCAGCAACCAGACCAGAUAUCAUGUAUUCUAUUAGUGUUCUCUCAAGGGUGAUGUAUUCAAGAUCAGACGAGAUAAAGUUGCUUGGUUUUACUAAUAGUGACUGGGCAGGGUCUGAAGAUUGUUGGCAGAAGCUUCUAAUUCCAGCCCAUUUUUUCUACCGCCUAUUGCAAGAGGCUGUAAGCUACAGCAGCCAUUGUGGAAUAUUUACAAUGGUUAUUUCAACCAUUGUAGAUGAACCUCAUUUAAUGAGGUACAAAGAUGGCACUCCCACAGCAGACCAUGUUAAUGAUUUCCUUGGCAUUAUCAAGGAGUUAGCCAAUUUGGGCAUAGACUUUGAUGAUGAAGUGAAUGGUCUGAUUCUUCUCAAUACCUUGCCGGAAUCAUGGGAGAGUUUUAGAUCAACAACAAUCAACUCAUCUCCUGAUGGUCAAGUCACACCGGAAAUUGCCAAAAACAGGAUCUUUGAAGAGGAAAAAAGGAUGCGGGCAUUGGGAGUCUUCUCGCAACCAGAUACUCAAGCUCUUGUCACGGAGAAUAGAGGCAAGAGUAAAACCAGAAAACCCAGAGGACGAGGAGGACGAAGAGGCAGAUCCAAAUCAAAGUCCAAAAGUGAAGUGAAAUGUUAUCAUUGUGGCCAACUAGGCCACAUGAAAAGGAAUUACUACUUGUUGAAAGGAAAAGACAAGAAAAAGGUUGAAGAUAGCAAUACAACCGAUGUAGCAUCUACCAGUGGCGGUGACGUAACUCUACUAUGUGAUCGUGGGGAGUGCUGCCAUGCAAAAAACUCAAAUGCUGAGUGGAUAAUUGAUUCUGUUGCCUCUUAUCAUUGUGUUCCCAAAAGGGAAUAUUUUUCAACAUACAAAGCAGGAGACUUUGGCACCAUAAAAAUGGGAAACAAAAGUGUUUCUCAUAUUAUGGGAGUUGGUGAUAUCUGUGUCCAGACAAAUGUUGGAUGCACAUUAACACUGAAAAAUGUGCGACAUGUUCCCGAUAUGCAUAUGAAUCUGUUAUUAGCUCACAUGAGUGAGAAAGGAUUGCAACUUUUGGCUAAGCAGUCCCUUAUUCCCAUGGCCAAAGGUGAAUAUGUGAAUCCUUGUGAUGUUUGCCUAUUUGGAAAGCAACACCGAGUUUCUUUUCAGAAGAAUUUGACUCGAAAAGAGAACAAGCUGGACUUGGUCUACUCUGAUGUUUGUGGUCCCCUAGAGGUGGAGUCGUUUGGUGGCAAUAAAUAUUUUGUUACCUUUAUUGAUGAUGCAACUCGGAAGGCUUGGCCAUACUUGUUGCAGAAUAAAAGCCAAGUUUUCAAGUAUUUCCAGCAUUACCAUGCUAUGGUGGAAAGGGAGACAGGUUUGAAGUUGAAAUGUCUUCGUACAGAUAAUGGAGGGGAGUACACCUCCAAAGAAUUCAGAGACUACUGUUUGAAGCAUGGCAUAAGGCAUGAAAAGGCGGUUCCUGGCACUCCACAACACAACGGUGUUGUAGAACGGAUGAACCGUACCAUUAUGGAGAAAGUUCGAUGCAUGCUAAGAAUGGCAACUCUACCUAAGCCAUUUUGGGGUGAGGCAGUCAACACAGCAGUGUAUCUGAUCAACCGGUCACCUUCAGUUUCUUUGAACUUUGAAAUCCCGGAGAAAGCUUGGACGGGAAAAGACGUUGGAUACUCUCACUUGAGAGUGUUCGGGUGCAAAGCAUUUAUGCACGUGCCAAAGGAACAGAGAUCAAAGCUGGAUGAUAAAGCCAUUCCAUGCAUUUUUGUUGGAUAUGGUGAUGAGGAGUUUGGCUAUAGACUAUGGGACCCAGAAAAGAAGAAAACUGUUAGAAGUAAAGAUGUCAUGUUUCAUGAACACGAGAAAAUUAAUGAUUUGAAGGAGAACAAAGCUACAGGAAGCUCUAGAGAGGGUGUAGAAGAUUUAACACCGACAAAAACUCCUUCAAGAAAAAUUACAAAUGAAGAAGAGGUGCAAGCACUAAAAGAUGAGACAGAGGAGCCAACAAUUGAAGAAGAUGAAGCAAGUGUAGAUGGGGGAAAUGAUGAGCAAAGGGAGCAACCCCUGCCACAGGAGGAAGAACCUCAGUUGAGAAGGUCCACCAGAGAGCACAAACCAUCUGCAAGAUACGCCAGCUAUGCAGAAGAAAUGAACUCCCUACAUAAAAACAAUACUUAUGAGCUUGUGGAACUUCCCAAAGGAAGAAAAACCCUAAAGAACAAAUGGGUGUUCAAGCUCAAGAAAGAUGGUGACAAGAUAGUUAGAUAUAAGGCUCAGCUGGUGGUAAAGGGUUUCAGUCAGAAAAAGGGGAUUGAUUUUGAUGAAAUAUUUUCCCUAGUGGUGAAGAUGAGCUCAAUUCGAGUUGUGCUCGGUCUAGCAGCAAGCAUGAAUCUUGAGCUUGAGCAGUUAGAUGUAAAAACUGCAUUUCUUCAUGGUGACUUGCAUGAGGAAAUUUAUAUGGAUCAGCCAGAAGAUGUAGAGGAAAUUUGCAAGUUAAAAGAGGAGUUAUCAAAGUCCUUUGACAUGAAGGACUUGGGACCAGCAAAGCAAAUUUUGGGUAUAGCGAUUACCCGUGAUAGAAAGGCUGGGAAGUUGUGGUUAUCACAGGAGAAGUAUGUUGAACGGUUGCUUGAAAGGUUCAACAUGAAACAUGCUAAGCCAAUUAGCACUCCUCUUGCAAAUCACUUCAAGCUAAGUAAACGAUCUUAUCCAACUACCAAAGAAGAAAAGGAGAAAACGUCACCUAUUCCUUAUUCUUCUGCAGUCGGUUCACUGAUGUAUGCAAUGGUAUGUACACGGCCAGACAUUACCCAUGCUGUUGGUGUUGUGAGUAGAUUCUUGUCUGAUCCAGGCAAGAUUCACUGGGAAGCUGUUAAGUGGAUCUUCAGAUAUCUGAGAGGAACUACCAAGUUGUGUUUGACAUUUGGGCAAACUGAACCAAUUCUAAAGGGAUACACAGAUGCAGACAUGGCAAGUGACCUUGAUAAUAGAAAAUCUAUUUUAGGGUAUUUAUUCACUUUUGCAGGGGGAGCUGUAUCAUGGCAAUCAAAAUUGCAGAAGUGUGUUGCCUUGUCAACAACCGAAGCUGAAUACAUUGCAGCUACAGAAGCUGGUAAAGAGAUGCUUUGGAUGCAGAGAUUCCUACAAGAAUUGGGAUUGAAGCAAAAAGAGUAUGUAGUAUUUUGUGACAGCCAGAGUGCUAUAGAUUUGAGCAAGAAUACUAUGUACAAUGCCCGAACAAAACAUAUAGAUCUGAGAUAUCACUGGUUGCGCUUGGUGACAAAGAACAAGCAAUUUCAACUUAGAAAGAUUCACACAAACAACAAUGUUGCUGAUAUGAUGACAAAAGUUCUUCUCAGGGAAAAGUUUGAAUAUUGCACGAAGUUGGCCGGGAUGGACUCCAACUCUUCAAUGUCUCUCUCCAUUUCUUUGAGAAAUAACCGAACAUUCCCAUUCUCAUGGUGUCCGUGUUCACCUGUCUGGAUCAUGCCAGACACCAGGCUAAUUGAACAAGUACGAGAGAUUGAUAAGCUUCCUCUGGACAUGUUAUGUGCAAUUGGAAAGCGCCUCAAGCUACAUGAUUACAUGAACCUUCGGUCUGUCAACACAAGGUUACGGUUGGCAGCCUCUCCAAUUCAAUGGAAAAGUGCAACCUUAGAAGGUCUUAAAGGUUAUAAUUCUCUACUCCCUUGGCUUAUGCUGCAUAGAAGAGGUGACAGUACUUGCAGCUUCAUUAAUCUGUGGGGUGAAAAAUGUCUCAUGGAUAUACCUAAUAACCAACUGAAAAAUGUCAAGAGGGCCUAUUCAAGGGAAGGUUGGUGUCUGAUGUUAGAAGAAAAACAUUCCAUAUAUCUCUGGAAUCCUUUUGUAAAGAAAACCAUUCAGCUUCCAGAUCCACCCCAUAAAGAUUUCACAACUUCAUGUGUCAGUUUCUCUACCUCGAUUGAUUGGGUUGUUUUGAUUUGCCAUUGCCCCGGUUAUUUUUUCAUUGACUACAUCUUUUUGGAGGAAGGAGAAUGGCAUAGUCUUUGCACAGACAACAUGUUCCGAAUUCUCUCCGCUGAUAUCUUGACAUUAUAUGAUGGAGCUUUCUACACUCUUGGUUGGGAGGGGCAGCUACUCGCCAUCAAAGAAACUGGAGUCAAAAUUUUCAAUGAGCUUAAAAGGCCUUGCUCUUCUGACAGUAGCUAUUUGGUAGAAUGUGAUGGGGAGCUUCUGGCGGUGUUUGUAGGUUUCCUUGGAAAGAGGGUUCGAAUUUUCAUGUUAAAUGAGCCUGAGAUGAUUUGGGACGAAGUUGAGAAUCUAGGAAGCAAUACUAUUUAUGUCAGCCACUAUUCGUCUUUCGCUAUACCAGCAACAGAAGGAAUGGAUAACAGAGUUUAUUUCCCAGGAUUCUAUGGCAAGAAUGCUGUCUAUUAUUCUCUUAGCAGCAGAAAGUUUCACGUUCAUGGUACCAAUAAAGUCCUAAAUCGCUUUGACUACACAGAAGAAUUUUAUUAUUGUUGGAUUCAACCCAAAUGGUAACAGAAUGAAUGUAUUCUAGUUAAAUAUUUUCAUGAUUUUUAGUAAUAUUUAAUUAGUUCUUUGAGAAGCCAUGUUAAUUUUGUAGCUUAUGCACAUUUCCUGAUAUAUAAUUUUGUUAGCUUAAUCCAGUGGUAGAUUCUCCAUUCUCUAUUUGCUUUUAGUUUUAUGUUUCUGUUUUCUCCUUUUUGGCCUUCGUGUUUCUGUUUUCUAUAAUGGCUUAGCUUGUCUCCAAAGAGUGGAGUCAAUUCAUUUUAAUAUUGCAAUGAAAAUCUCAUUUUAAG